AGCCGGGUUUAGGAGGACUCACAAUGACCGAAAUCGACGGUGUCCAGCUGAAAAAUGUAUCCCACACCAAUGGAAAUGGCGUGGUCAACCAGGCUUUUGAAAUAGAGGAGGACAUCAUUACUGAUACUAACAGCAUCAGAGGGCAGACUAAAGAGACUAAAAAGGGAUUGGGAUCAUACCUAAGCCAAGUUACCAAGCCGAUUAAUGCCACUGAGGAUUACAUCAAGUCUCACUCAAAAAUCUUCAAAUGCAUUGUGCUGGGAAUACUUGGAGCAGGUUAUGUGGCAUUCUUCAUUGCAGCCUGUGUAUUGAAUUUCGAGAGGGCCAUCGUUCUUGUAGUCCUAACCAGUUUGGCUGUUGUUGCUAAAUCAUAUGAUCUUUUGAAAGAGUACAAAGGAGAAAGCAUCAGUCGGUGUUUCAGACCGGCGGUCAGAUGCUUUAAAUCAAACCUGAAAUGGAUGAAAUGGGUUUUCAUCUUAGCGGUUGUGGUCCUGCUCGUGGUGUGGCUCAUCUUGGACACGAGCCAGCAACCUGAGCGGCUUAUAUCGUUCGGGGGUGUGUGUAUGUUCAUCGUGCUUGUUUUCCUCUUCUCAGCACACAGGACAGCGAUAUCAUGGAGGCCUGUGUUUUGGGGUCUCGGGCUGCAGUUCUGUGUUGGCCUUUUUGUUAUAAGAACACAGCCUGGACUCAUUGCUUUUGAAUGGCUUGGAAAACAAGUGCAGAAUUUCCUCGACUACACCAAAGAAGGGUCUUCAUUUGUUUUUGGGGAUCUAAUUGCAGACAUUUUUGCCUUUCAAGCUUUGCCCAUUGUUGUGUUCUUCAGCAGUGUGAUGUCAGUCCUUUACUUUUUGGGAAUAAUGCAGUGGCUCAUAUUGAAGAUCUCAUGGGUAAUGCAGAUAACGAUGGGAACCUCUCCCACAGAGACCUUGAGUGUGGCAGGCAAUAUAUUUGUUGGGCAGACUGAAGCUCCGCUGCUGAUCCGCCCCUAUUUGAGGGACAUGACCAAAUCUGAGAUCCAUGCUGUUAUGACUGGUGGAUUUGCCACAAUUGCAGGCAGUGUCAUGGGGGCGUUCAUCUCAUUUGGGAUUGAUGCAUCUUCCUUGAUAUCAGCCUCUGUGAUGGCUGCUCCUUGUGCCUUGGCCAUCUCCAAGCUGUCUUAUCCAGAGACAGAGGAGAGUCCCUUCAAGUCAGAGAAGAACAUUAAAGUGGCUUGUGGAGAUGAACGGAACAUCCUGGAGGCCGCUAGCAAUGGAGCAUCUGCUUCAAUAGGUCUUGUUGCUAACAUUGCAGCAAACUUGAUAGCCUUUCUGGCCAUCCUCGGGUUCAUAAAUCAAGCUUUGAGUUGGCUUGGAGGAAUGGUGGGAUAUCCCGCAAUCACAUUUCAGUUAAUUUGCUCGUACGUGUUUAUGCCCGUGGCCUUCAUGAUGGGGGUACCAUAUGAUGAGAGUUUCACUGUGGCUGAACUAAUUGGCACAAAGCUCUUCCUCAAUGAGUUUGUUGCUUAUGGGAAAUUAUCUGAACUGAAGGACAACAGAAUGAAUGGACUUGAUGAAAUCGUUGGAGGUGAAAGACAAUGGAUAUCUGUCCGAUCAGAAAUAAUCACCACUUAUGCUCUUUGUGGGUUCGCCAACUUUAGCUCACUGGGUAUUGUGAUCGGUGGCCUAUCCUCUAUAUGCCCAUCAAGAAAAGGUGAUAUCUCGUCUCUAGUGUUUAGAGCUAUGAUCACUGGGACUUGUGUAUCUCUUGUCAACGCUUGCAUUGCAGGAAUCCUUUUUGAUCCUCAAUUGGACUGUGUGGGGCUGUUCAAAGAGUCUGCUUUCAAUGCCACAGAUAUAAACGUUCAAACUUGCUGUCAGGACCUCUUUCAAAGCACUGUAAACAAUGGGACCAUCUCAUUUGAAGGCUCUUGGAGCAGCGUAGCAAAUGCCACUAUGUUUUUCUCUAAAUGUUGUCAGUGUUGCGGUCUUUCUGAAGGACUUUGUAAUUAGAGGAGAAAUAUGCACAUCAGUGUCUGUUUUUGUACUGCAGUCUCUCCAUGUUUAUAUAUUUGUGUCACAGUUAAUGUAAAAAUGUAAAGCCUAUAUGCAUAUUGUUUCAAGCUGAAUGUAUCGUUCAUGUAUUAUAUUGUAAAUUAAUUCAGAUAUUGGUUUUUAUUUAAAGCCAAAGAUUAAAAGGACACACCUUAAGCAAUGUACCUCAGGAAAUGUUCAGACAUCAACGGUUUAAACAAUGUAAAUAUUUCAAAUAAAGUUGAGUGACUCAGUUAUUUUUGUU